CUUAAAGAUUGACUGAUGCGCUUGAAGGUCGCAAAAAUAUGUCAGAUGCAUGUUUCCGUAACUUCAAUCUAAUUAGUAUUUUCCCCAUAAUAAUACCCUGCCGCUGGUCGCACGGAAGGAGCCUUAGGCGCUCACCAUUCAAUUAAAAUGCCCUCCUUCCUCUCUGUUUCAUCCUUUGUGCUCGCUGCUUCCCUCAGCACCAUCACAUAUUUGACUUUCCUCCACCGUUGUCUCAAAAACCGAAUCCACCAUGAGACGCAUUGCGGUACACUCUCCAAAUCGGUUUCUUCCACCAUAUCCACGAUACCCUCCGAAGUCUACACACCAGAAUACUAUACUCUCCACGAUCGAGCUAACCGCCGGGUGCCUCGCCAGCUGCUUCCCCGCCAGAAAGACGCUGAAAUCCUGACCAUUCUCUUGCGUCGCAACAUGACAGCUUUCGCACACUUUCCUCAGUGCUAUAUGUUGUGGCUGAUCAGCCCAGCCACAAAACGCCCAACGUUCCAUACGUCACAUAUUGACUCGCUGGAUUUCAACAAGGGCGAUGUUAUCUGCGGAAUCUACCGUGUCCUAGACCGAACCGCGAACAAAGUCGAGUUCGGAAUGACUUACAAAGGGGUGGAUGGGCGAUUGGUGAUUCGGUUCUGGGAUGAGGACAAGGACGUUGUUUUCGCCAGUGAAACUGCGAUGUGGACAAAGGCGGAUGAAACAGAGCGCGCCACAAUGCCACUUGAAAACCCAGUGCUGCGGUUCUUUCAUGAACUGGCCGCAUGGUGGCUGUUAGAUUCCGGAGUCAAAUAUCUGACGGACUUGGAUGCAGAAUUGGAGGAUGAUUGAUACUCGAAUUGAACCAUCAGUGUGAACCAUCAAGAGGGAAACAUGCCGUACCGACUAGCUCCAAAUUCCGACAGCGUUAUGGCUUAUGAUUGGAAUCUCCACAAGAACGCAAUGGUAUUACUCUCUUACUUUGUCU